AGAGCUGCGGCCGCAAGAAACAGCGAGGCAGCAGCGCGGCGAGCCCUUGGCCCUUCCUCGCAGAUCCAGCGGCGGCGGGUGCUCCCAGCGGGCGCGCCGAUGAUGCACGGCCCCGCGGGAGGGAGCGGCGGCGGCGGCGGGCACGGGCUGGGCGGCACGAGGGUGCCCACGUGGAGGGAGCGGGAGAACAACCGGCGGAGGGAGCGGCGGCGGCGGCGGGCACGGGCUGGGCGGCACGAGGGUGCCCACGUGGAGGGAGCGGGAGAACAACCGGCGGAGGGAGCGGCGGCGGCGGCGGGCACGGGCUGGGCGGCACGAGGGUGCCCACGUGGAGGGAGCGGGAGAACAACCGGCGGAGGGAGCGGCGGCGGCGGCGGGCACGGGCUGGGCGGCACGAGGGUGCCCACGUGGAGGGAGCGGGAGAACAACCGGCGGAGGGAGCGGCGGCGGCGGCGGGCACGGGCUGGGCGGCACGAGGGUGCCCACGUGGAGGGAGCGGGAGAACAACCGGCGGAGGGAGCGGCGGCGGCGGCGGGCACGGGCUGGGCGGCACGAGGGUGCCCACGUGGAGGGAGCGGGAGAACAACCGGCGGAGGGAGCGGCGGCGCCGGGCGAUCGCCGCCAAGAUCUACACCGGCCUCAGGGCCUACGGCAACUACAACCUCCCCAAGCACUGCGACAACAAUGAGGUCCUCAAGGCGCUCUGCAACGAGGCCGGCUGGGUCGUCGAGCCCGACGGCACCACCUACCGCAGGGGAUGCAAACCUCCUCCACAGGCGCGUCCUGAUCCAAUGAGGUCUGCUUCGGCAAGCCCCUGCUCUUCAUACCAGCCGAGUCCACGGGCCUCGUACAACCCGAGCCCUGCGUCCUCCUCCUUCCCGAGCUCCGGAUCCUCUUCCCACAUCACUCUCGGUGGCGGGAACAACUUCAUUGGUGGCGUCGAGGGAAGCUCCCUCAUCCCGUGGCUGAAGAACCUCUCGUCGAACCCGUCAUUCGCCUCCUCCUCCAAGCUCCCACAGCUCCACCACCUCUACUUCAACGGAGGCUCCAUCAGCGCCCCGGUGACGCCCCCGUCCAGCUCCCCGACGCACACGCCUCGCAUGAAGACCGACUGGGAGAGCCAGUGCGUUCUGCCGCCAUGGGCCGGGGCGAACUACACCUCCCUGCCCAACUCCACGCCGCCGAGCCCCGGCCACCACGUCGCGCCAGACCCGGCGUGGCUGGCCGGGUUCCAGAUAUCGUCCGCCGGGCCCUCGUCGCCGACGUACAACCUUGUCUCGCACAACCCCUUUGGGAUCGCGCUUGCGAGCUCGUCGAGGGCGUGCACCCCUGGGCAGAGCGGGACCUGCUCCCCGGUGAUGGGCGACCACGCGCCGGCUCACCACGACGUCCAGAUGGAGAUGGCCGACGGGGCGCCGGAUGACUUCGCGUUCGGCAGCAACAGCAACGGCAACAAUGGGUCGCCUGGGCUGGUGAAGGCGUGGGAAGGGGAGCGGAUACACGAGGAAUGCGCGUCGGACGAGCUGGAGCUCACCCUCGGGAGCUCGAGGACCCGUGGAGAGCAGCCCUUCUGAUCAUGGCAUCGUGCUGCUGCUGCAGUGUCCGUCUCUUCUUCGCCUGGGCUUAUCCUUCAUCAUACCUACUUUGGGCUGCGUUCUGAUGUUCUACAAGCCCUGCGUUCUGAUGUUCUACAAGUCGGGUGUUCGUCGAAAGAGAGAAGGGAGUUGAGGGAUCGUUUCGACGGUCCUCUGCAGAUGAUAUCCAUCCUCUUUCGGGGGUCUGGUCUGGACUUAUUUUAGCUACAUUAUGCAACUUUGUUAGCUUAUUUCUUCUUUUUUUUCUUACUUAAGCAAAAAAAAAAUGAAAGAUGGAAAAACGGCAAGGAAUGCUGGCAGGACACCCUGGGCAUGUUGAAGAAGUGGAAUGGCGGAGGCCAUUUGUCAUCAGUAAGCAAAGCAGUAGAUGCAAGUCUUGUGGCAUUUGCAAUGAAAACCAAGCUUCAGUUGUCCUUGAUAUGACUGUUGUCUCCGCACUCUGUCAGAAGUGUGUAGUACUGCUACUACAUUGUAUGUGGUGGACCAUUCUCUUCAUUCAUUGAUUCUUUGUGUCUUUGCUGGUUA